UUGUUAACUUUUUCUUCCUUGCUUUCAUCUUCCCCACCAUUUUAAAGAAUGUUAAAUCUACCUCUGGGACAAGUGUAAUACUGCCAUUAAUUUGUGUUUUUUUUUCAGGCCCAAGUGAAGCAUUAACCAUGGCUAAAGUAUAUACCCAGAGGCUUAGAUUCAAAGGAUGGACUCCGCUCUUGUUCCUAUUGAUCGUCCUUGGUUUUGGUCCGGUCGGAUCAGACACCCGUUCUUUGAGUCCUGAAUAUUUGAGUUCACUCUCAGUCAAUGACCAAAGAAACGUCCUCUUGAACAAUCUUAACAUUGACAAGAUAGAACUGAAUGUUUUUCAGCAGUUCGAAAAUGUUUUGAGGCUUAACCUUAGCCAUAACAGUUUAAUUUUCCUCCGUAAUGGAACGUUUCGAGGACUACAGAAGAUGCAGGUCUUGGACCUACACAGAAACAAGAUCAGUACCAUUAGAUCGGGAGCAUUUUCAGAUCUGUCGGAAUUAACAAGCCUUGAUUUGAGGAACAAUGACCUGACAUCGUUAUCCGACUGGUUGAGGACAUCGCGUCUGGGAAAUCUGAGAAAACUUUAUCUAGAUUUUAAUAACAUACCUCUCAUUGAACAUGGGGACUUUGAGGGUUUGUCUUCUCUCUGGUUUCUUCACCUCUCACGGAAUGGUAUUCGAGAAAAGGGGCACGGUGCCUUCUCUAGAUUAAAAGAAAUAUCUGUACUAAAUUUUUCUUAUUUUGAGCUUCUCCAUGAACUUGAUCUUAGUCAUAAUCAUCUGAGGGAGGUGAGCAGAAACCAGUUUCUUGGACUUCGUUACUUAAUCGAACUUGAUCUCCAGCACAACAACAUCAGUUCUCUUGCGGAAAAUGCAUGGGCAGGUAUGAUUAACUUAUUGAAACUACGUCUAUGUUACAAUAGGAUCACUAAUCUAAAAAAUUCUUCUUUCGCUGGUUUAGGUAAUGUAAAUGUACUGUUUAUUCGUUAUAAUUCCAUAAGCACCAUUCGAGACGACGCUUUCAAGGGUUUGGACAGUUUAGAAAAUCUCGACUUGACAAACAAUCGAAUCCAAAUUUUACGAUCUAGAAUAUUCAUGGAGCUUCAGAACAGUCUGAUUUACCUCCACUUAGAAGAGAACUUGAUCCAGGUCCUUUCACAUGACACAUUUUUUAAUUUGACAAACCUAAAGAGAUUGCACCUAAACAGCAAUGCGAUAGUCAGCAUCACCCCUGGUGCUUUUGCUCAAUUAAAGCAACUGCAAUUCUUAAAUCUGUCAGGAAAUGCGUUGGCGACGUUACCUGGAGAUAUCUUUCAGGCGACAAAUCAAGUCCAAAUAAUUGACUUAUCAGGAAAUGAUUUGACGAUAUUGCCGACGGGGCUCUUCUCGAAAACGUUGAAGCUCAAAGAGCUGGAUCUUAGGCGUAACUCUUUAAGGACUCUUCCGAAAAAGGUCUUUCCAUUAAGUAAUGUCGAUACCGUUAGGAUUGGCCUUGACCUGAAGCUGAGCGGGAAUAACCUCGAUUGCAACUGUUCGCUUGAGUGGUUUCGAUUAGGUAUCACAGCGAAUAGUGGGACUGGAACACGGGAAGAGGCUAAAUGCGAAUCACCUCCUAGCCUUCGUGGACGUUUUCUUUCCGACCUUGGCAAACCGUUGCCUUGCACUCAUGGGACUGAUGUCGGCAACACGACCCAUCUUCUGCCAGAUCCGUCUGAAAAUCGAACAUCAUUGAACGCUCUGAACGUUGUCCUCUUCGGCACUCUACCAACACUGGCUGUUGUUGUUGUUAUUGGGGCGAGUGUUUAUUUUGCGAUCAUCAAGAGGAGACGACUUUCUCAAGAAUUACCGCUUGAUCAUGGUAAUAUAAGGUCACCAGGGAACGCCGACUUGGAUGCCGAAGGUGUAAGAUCUUCUCUUAAUGCGGCCUCCACCUUUGUCAGGUUCAGCGAUGGUCACGUGGGUGAGAUUUCCAAUACUUCAAUAGAUGGAGAUUCUUUUAGUACGCUCGAUCACACAUACUACCAUCGAGAGAGGGAAGAACUGUCUGGAAACGAUGCAUCUUCAAUCGACUACGGUGUCCCAGGGAGGGUGGUGCACUUAUGCCGUGAGACACAAAGGAGUUGGCCUCUAUACCACAGCACUGACGCACAGGCGGGACAGGCAUCACCGAGACCGAUUAUUACGAGAACGUACUUCGGUGUAAAUAAUAACGUCUAA